GGCUCCAGGUGCUUCCUCUCUCGUUAUGGCGCUGCCCUGGGCCCUUGCUGUCCUGAGUCUCCUCCCUCUGCUGGAUGCCCAAGACCCAGCCUGUGCCAUCCUGAAGCCAGCACCGGUCACUAAUGCCAUGCUGGAGCGGCUCUCUGGCAAAUGGUUUUACAUCGCCGCGGUCUUUCGCCAUCCUGAGUACAACCAGUCAGCUAGACAGAUCCAGGCAACCUUCUUUUAUUUUACCCCCAACAUAACAGAAGAUGUGAUACUACUCAGAGAGUACCAGACCACCGGAGGCCAGUGCGUCUAUAACUCCAGCUACCUACAGGUCCAGCGGGAGAAUGGGACCCUCUCCAGAUACGAGUGGGGCACAGAACAUUUUGCCUAUGUGCUGCUCACCAAGGACCCUAAGACCUUCAUGUUUUCCUACUACCCGGAAGACGAGCUGAACCGGGGGCUGUCCUUCUACGCUGACAAGCAGGAGGUGACCGAAGAACAACUGAGAGAGUUCCACGAAGCCCUCAAGUGCAUGGGCCUACGGGAGACAGAAAUCCUGUACACCGAUGGGAAAAAGGACCUGUGUGGGCCGCUGGAGAAGCAGCAUGAGGAGGAGAGGAAGAAGGAAAACAAGGGGUCCCAGGUGGACACAGAGUUGGGCUAGGACUUGGGGACUUUGGGACCCAUCCUCAUCCCCCUGCCAGCCCUUUGUAUCUGCUGCAUUGCAGCUGUUAUUAAUAAAGUUUCUAUGUUUGGAACAGGCUGGCCGGGUCACUUGCUCGUUUGUUCUGACUUGAGCCCUGGCUCAGCAUUAGACCAGGCCUGCCCCUGGUGGGAAGAGCCCCUGUGCAAUACCCAGCGCAUGUGCCAGGGUGGAGGUCCAGACGCAGCAGGUGCCGUGGGAGCCCAGAGCGGGGAAGUUUUCUUCUGCAGUGGGGAAGUCUGGGAAGCCUUCCUGGAAGGGGCAUCUGAAAGAUUAGGAGCUAGAUAAAAUCUACUGUUCCCUCUGCAAGCCAAGAACCUGAGAGGACACA